GAAACAUGGCGUUGAUUGAUGAAAUUAAUUGAAGUUCAUCAACGAAAGCUAUUUCACGCUGAAAUUCUCGAAAGAUACUUGAUUAAAUUAUUCGAUUGAUUUUUAAAAUAAUACAGAAUACAACGAAGCAUAAUCUAGGAUAAGGUAUCUCUGAGAGAACUCCAUCAUGGCCGAGUAUUUGGCUUCAAUUUUCGGUACCGAGAAAGACAAAGUCAAUUGUUCUUUUUACUUCAAAAUUGGCGCUUGUCGGCACGGAGAUCGAUGCUCUCGAAUCCAUAACAAACCUACGUUCAGUCAGACGGUCUUGCUGCAAAAUUUGUACGUAAAUCCUCAAAAUUCUGCAAAAUCAGCGGAUGGAUCUCAUUUGGUUUCUAAUGUUUCGGACGAAGAAAUGCAAGAGCAUUAUGAUAAUUUUUUUGAAGAUGUGUUCGUAGAAUGUGAAGACAAAUAUGGCGAAAUAGAAGAAAUGAAUGUAUGUGACAAUCUUGGAGAUCAUUUGGUUGGAAAUGUUUAUAUCAAGUUUCGUCGCGAAGAAGAUGCUGAGAAAGCGGUAACUGAUUUGAAUAAUCGAUGGUUCGGAGGUCGACCUGUGUACGCUGAAUUGAGCCCUGUCACCGAUUUCCGAGAAGCUUGUUGUCGUCAGUACGAAAUGGGCGAAUGCACCAGGAGUGGAUUUUGCAACUUCAUGCACCUGAAACCGAUAUCUCGUGAUUUACGGCGUUAUUUGUACAGUAGACGUAAGAAGAGCAGCAGACGAUCACGAAGCAAAUCACCACGUGAACCACGUGAACGUAAUAACAGAAGAUCACGUUCGUCUUCCAGAAGCCGACAUCGUAGAUAUUAAACCCAUCGAGGCCGAAAAUUUUACUGUUGUAUCGAUUUUAUUUUUCUGGUCCAGUAUACCACAUUGCGACGAAUACGAGGUGGGUAUUCAUCUACGAAGACAUUAGUUUUCUUAUUCAAAAGCUUCCCUAUGUUUUGAACUUCACGAUGAAGGAGAUUAAUAAUUCACUUAUCAUAAAAUUUAUUUUAAAUUUAGAACUAUACGGAUAUGAAUGAAAUACGCAUAAAUCGCAUUUUAUUAUUCAUUUUCGUUGAGACUUGUAAAUUGAUAUACAAAAAAAGUUUUAUUUUUUUAUUAAUUAAACAAAAUACUGGAUUUUGAGUAAUACUAUGUACAAAAAUUACAAAAAAAAAACUUCUUUAAAAACAUAUUUUGUUUCAUAUUUUUUAUUAGUACAUUCUUUAUUAAUUUUUUUUAUGAUUUUGAUUUUUUUUUCUUUUUUCGUAAGGUAGAUACAUAUUUUUCAAGUCAGUCAGUCUUGACAUCUCAUAAAACCGGUCGUGAAACGUGUCAAAAUACUCGGAAACAUUUCUCGGACGAUUUCGGCUGCUUUGUUGAUAUCAUAAUCGUUCAUUUCGUUGGUCACUGUCGGUGAUUCCAAAGUAAUCCCAUUGACAUCUCGUAUUUAUUCAACUAGUUAUCCAUCUUGCGACACUUGAUUAGCUCUAGUAUAAGUAAACACGAUUCGUUCGACGUUCAUUAUUACGAAGAUUGAGCGAGAAUUACGCGAAUGAUUCUUUGAUUUGAUUAUUUAGCAGGUUUCGUAGGUUUUUGAACCGUUAUCGUGAUUUUUUUCGAUUUGAAUACUAAUACGUUGAAGCACGUGACGACUUUUUUACGCGGUUCGGGCUUAUAGAGUACGUAAACGAGUACGAAUCCGGUGACUAGAAACGUUAUGGCAAUUAUUAAACAUCCUACGCCAGUUCCGAUUAAUAUACGUGGCGCCGUAAUGAAAGCUAAUUUCAACUGGUCCAUCACAUCUGGCGGAAUUUCUCCCGUUUGUUCGAACCAAA